UCGCUGCCCGGCUCCAUAUCGUCAGUAUGCAAGCGAUCGUCCAACGAACUGCAUCGUAGAAGAACAACAACGCGACCGCAUUAUUGCGAUUAUCGUUGAUCUUUAUUUCCUUCUCUGAUCGAGUUAAGUCCUGCGUGUCUGCCUUGUCCGAUCGGUAUCGAGUGAUAACGCAGCAACAGUGCGAGUCAGCAUGGCGUCACGAAGGUCGCAAUGCGUGGUUGUGAUGGCAACUACAGCGGUAGCUCUUUUCGCAGCCAACCUGAUCGAUCGAGGUACCGCCCUUCAGUGCCAAUUCUGCAUUGGAGUCGAUCACUGCAAUGUUAGUGUGGAAGGAAUAAAUCCAACAAAUUGCACGGAUGAGAUUGUCCGGAAGACCAACACAUCACUUGCUACGUUCAUGCCAACGCUGGUCUAUGAACCGAAAAUUGAGGAAGACGCAUACCAGUGCGUCCACGUGCGAGCAACGUCGCUGACCGAUAUGACGUUCCUGUUUAUCCGGGGCUGCAUAUAUUCCAUGAACGCAACGGAUUUCUGCGAUCUCCGGUACGCCAGCUUUCGUGGAACUCGGGAGUGUGUGGUCUGCGAUGACGAAGAUGUGUGCAACGACGUUGCCAUAAGUGAUGCGAUGCAGCGGGCAACGCCUACCGUUGUUGUCUGGUUGGUUACGCUGUGCGCAACCCUCAUCAUCGCUAAUCAUUACCUGCGCCGAUGAAUAGUAAUAAAAAUUAAAAUU